UAAUCCGUCUGACGGAUGAAUCCAGACUGAGCAGCGGCCGGUUCUUCUUCAUGCUGUCGUGUUUGUGAUGGUCAUGAUGUCUCCGUGGGACCGCUGGUUCUCCACCAGCUGCUGUCUGUGCUGCCAUGUCCGCACUGGAACCAUCAUUCUGGGCGUCUGGUACAUGCUCAUCAACGCCGUGGUGUUGUUCAUCCUGCUGACGGCGCUCAGUGAUCCUGAGCAGUACCACCUGAGCCGCGCCGAGCUGCCCAAUGAUCUAGACAUCAUGGAUGACGCCAACAUGUGCAUCGCCUCGGCCGUCUCCCUGCUGAUGAUCCUUAUAUGUGGGAUGGCAGCAUACGGCGCGUACAAGCUACGAGCCACUUGGAUCAUCCCAUUUUUCUGCUACCAAAUAUUUGACUUUGCUCUCAACACGCUGGUUGCUGUCAGUAUUGUGGUCUACCCAAACACAGUCCAGGACUACCUGCAGCAGCUGCCUGAGAACUUCCCCUACAAAGACGAGAUCGCUGCUUUCAGUAAUCUCGGUUUGGUCGUCAUCGUGUUGAUCUUUAUCGGCUGCAUUCUUACUUUCAAGGCAUACCUGAUAGCGUGCGUGUGGAGCUGCUACAGAUACGUGAGUGAGGGAGCUCCAUCAGGGGUCCUGCUCUAUGUGAUGACCAACGACACCGCAGUGCUGUUACCACCGUACGACGACCCUUUUGCUGUCCUUCCCAAGCCGCCUCCUCCACCGUACUCCACUGCCACAGCAUGAAAAUGCUCCCAAAUGAGACCGCAGCUAACUUUACACACCACACUGCCUCCCCAGUGCACAUUUGUAGAUUGUAGCUGCACACUUGUAGACCAUCCGUGCACGCACUGAUGUGUACAAAACACCACCACCACCACAUCCUUUUUAUUAUUUUGUAGUACCAUGCAUCCUGAAAGUAUUCACAGCACUUCAGUCUU